AUGCCGAAUAUCGAACCUGAUAGUAACGAGUCGACUGAUGAAGAUGAUACAGAGAAGAUAUUUGAUGAGAUCGAACCAGGUCCCGCGGUGUACUUAGCCCAGAUGGAUGAACAAGAAGAUGAUGAUGAUGAAGAUGUAUUCGUAGAAGCAAUGGAAGAAUUGCCAGCAGAAGAAGAUGAUGUAAUGGUAAGAGAAGAAUUACCGAUGACAAGUAACGAAGAAGUGGUAGUAGAAAAAGAAGAUAGCGCAAUGACAAUGGAUGAAGAAUUGACUGAAAGUCAAGUACAACAAGGAAAAGACGUGCUGACGAAAGAACGUGAUCCAUCCAUUAGGAGAACAUUUCAACAGCGAUACUAUGCUAGCAAAAAUCAGAGAAACAUACUUUUGGCCACAAAUGCACGAUGA